CCCUAUUCGGACUUGUCCAUUUUUAUGGACCUUUCCUAUACCAAUUCAUCCGCUCGAAUAACCACAAACCACCUUUGGCGCGUUCACGAAUAUCCCAUAAGCUCUGAACUGGAUUCUGACUCAAAUAUUUGCUUAAGUACCAAGGGAAAUUUUAACCCUUUCAGAGUGGAUACUGGUGGUCAAUAUGACACGGAGUGUGGCCCAGACAGUCCAUUCCGAUGUGAAGCUGGAGACUACGCUGAGAAACAUGGAGCACUCAAACUGAGCAGUGACAACAGCGCAGUUUACAGCAAGCACUUCUUCACUGACACCACAUCAGCACUUGCUGGGCAACUUUCCAUUGUUCCUCGAGCAGUGGUGCUUUAUGAAGCAAAUUCUGCAACCUCUCUCUUAGCUUGUGCUAAUAUAACCUUUCUUCACCCUACUUCACUGGAGAUGGAUUCACGGGGCGUUGAUCAACUAGGAGUAAAUGUAACAUUUAAACAAGUGUCAGAUUUAGACCGUACGAUUGUGCAGGUGACUUUAACCGAUCGGAAUCAUGGGGCAGGAGCUUACAGCAUCCACACGCUUCCCAUCCAAGCUGGUUUGUCUGACACUGGUGCCUGUUCUGACUCUCGUGUUGGAGGUCGUUACAACCCAUUCCAUGUUAAUGAAUCUCUGUCCCCUGAGCCACUCAGGGGCACAGUUGACCAGUACGAAGUUGGUGACAUCAGUGGGAAAUUUGGAACACUGGACAGUUGGAACCAAACAACUGAGGAGUACAUGGACAGGAACCUGCCCCUAUUUGGGCCUCGCAGCGUUGUGAGACGUUCACUGGUUAUUUACCAUACAAACGGAUCACGGUACACUUCUGACACAUCACUUUAAAACUUCUCAAUAUGA